AUGUCGGCAACAGAGGAGGAGUCGCACACCGUCAGGGCAGCCCCGGCGCUCGUCAGCACUACAGCACAUACGCAACAUCGCGCUGCCGUUGCCGCGGGGUCAUCGCGACAGGCGGCGAAUGGCACAACGGAGACAUCGAUGCAGAACGCCCUGCCCACGUACUCGGAAGCUAGCGCGGUCAGCGAUGCGGCAAGCUCGGCAUCGGACCCUCCCGCAGAGGCCGUCGACAACUUCUUUGACAUCGCUCCACGAAGCGACUCGACCUCCUUUCAGGUCGGUUACCUCGGCCUCAAGGGCUUCCAAGCGUGGCUGAAGGGCGACGUUCUGGUCAAGCUCGAUACGGCAACGAAACGAAAGGGCAGAUACACACGCUGCACAAUACAGCUUCAAGCAAAAGAGCAGGCACCAGGACCCGCCACGAAUGUCCAGCAUGCAAGUGGGUCCGGAUCGCACAGCCUGAGCAUGGUCGAGCUUUUCUCGCACAGCCUGGUGCUCUGGGAUGCUGACAAGGAACCGACAUCUUCAAGCGAUCAUCUGCCUACAGUGCCGUCUGUCAUGCCGUUCUCCUUCCCUCUCACUCCCGAUUUGCCCCACUGCGUCCACCUUCGCGAUAGCUCCCUUACAUACACCGUCACCGCUUACCUUUUCAGCGAAGACGCCGGCAAGCUGCCUCACGCUAUCAAAACGGUGCCGGUGCAUCUCGUGCGCUACACUCGUCCCGGCCCUCUCAACGAGACGGAGCUCUCUGAAAUCGAUGGAGCCGCUCGUACUGACGAAGAGUACUCGCUUAGGCCGUACGGCUGGGUCGAGCAAGCGCCCACUCUGGUCUACGCGCAGAUCAAUCGAACCAUCUUCCGACGUGCCGAACCAAUCGAACUUCGUAUCCACAUACCUUCGCCGGACCCCACUGCUGUCUCUGAGAAGGGCCUCAAGCUGAAGGCAGUGGAGGCAGAUCUCAUUCGCAUCAUCCACGUCAAGCGUCAUGCCGAAACGAGCGAAAACGGAUCAAACGCUCCUCACAAAUCAGCCGUCACGACGCAAGACAGAGCGACGGAUCCAGAUGUGCACGAGGCAUUGCUGGCUCACAGCGGCAAAUUGUGCCGCUUUCAUUCAAAGCGCCCCGUGCUGCUACGACUCACUUUGCACCCACCAUUCGACCGGUCCAACAUGCCACAUCCUCAUCCUGACCAUGACGCACUUGCAUCGGGCCCUGUCUUUGGGCGUGGAGGCGGCGGUGGCUGCGAAAGUAUCAGCCAGGAGACCCUCAUGCACCGAGUCAGCUUCGAGGUGCGAAUCAAGGUCGGCAUUCUCGGCGGGCAAGGUGAACGAAGGGACAUCGUCCUUCGAAGAUCGGUUCAGAUUCUACCUGGAGCUGCAGGUGCCCUCGAGGACCUCAAUUCUGAUGGAGGCGAUGGUUUGGCGUAUCCAAGUGCCUCGUCAGAGAAGGAGCGGCUCAAACGAUCUGAGAAAGCACGCAUGCUCGCUGAAGACGAUCACGCCGGAGGUUCGAGCUCUCGCAGUCCAGAUUACGCGCACGACAUGCUCGACUUUGGCAUGGAUGACGAGUACGACGGCUACGAGGACGUCGGCCGUAGCUUGAACGACUGGACAGAUGCAGCCGACCCGACGAGCGCUGCCGGCUCGAGUACUCAAGGCACCGAUCAUGCGGAGCGCCUCGAGCAACUGCGCCACUUUCUGGACGCUUCCGAACCAUCAGCUCACAAUGACGGACCGCCGCCAUCGCUCCUGGAGAGCCGGAACGACUUGCAGGUCGAAGUCGAGGUCGAGGGCGUGGGACUGGCAAUGCCUCGCCAUGCCUUUCGUCAUCCUGCGGACCCAUACCCAGAGACACCGGGAUCCAGUGAAGAACAGUAUCCGCCGCCUCCUCCUAUCGACGCUCAGAUGGAUGAGGGUCUGUCCGCCUACGACAUGCCUCCUUCCAUUCUAGCAGGUGGCCCUUUUGCAACCUUCAUGAGCCACGAUGACCCUCCGCCUCCUUCUUCGCCGCCCUUUGUCCAGUCUGCACCUGGUCAAGCGGCGGAAUACGAAGCCGAAACUGCACUACGGAUGCCUGGCGGGCUCGCUCCUCUCGACCAGAGCAAUGUACAACCGCACGACUCGUCAGUGCACGAAUCCCUCGGAAGUACUUCUAAUCUCGUCGAUUUCUCGGCUCAACAUUUGCCCACAGCAAGGGUGGAGGGCGACGACGUCGAAAGACACCCUUCGUACGAGGCUGCCGUCUCAAAUUCGACUCGACGAGCAGAGGUGCGCCCCCGGGCUUCACAACACGAGCCACCUCCUUACGCUCACGGCUCGGUCCGUGCAGAAGCCGUGCCGUCGUUCUACGAAGCGGUUCAGAAUCGCGCUUCGAUUGAUAUGGGCACUCCACGCAGUGCGUCGUCCCAUCGCGUACAGCGAAGUGAGGUGCUGUCGGUUCCGCUAGGCAGCUCGCUUCCCCACUCUAGCAUUCAGAGAGCGGAGUUCCAGCCUCCUGCCUAUGGCACUUCGCCGCACCCUCCCUCUUACGACGCAUGA